UCAGUGUGAUUACCUAAUAUUUUGUGUUUUGCUAUAGUUGGCUUAUAAUGACGUGCCUAUACUGCAACACGAGCCACAUCUGGACUAUUUUACGUGAGAUAAGGGAGUUCGUCUACUUUUCCCCGAUAAACGUAUUUUGAAUGGAAUUAAAUUCAACCGGAAUAAACUACUCACUUACAGCUAGAUGCAUACAUCGAUGUUCAAAUUCUGGUUAUGAUCAAAGGAUUAGCCACUAUUGCUUUGUCAUAUGACAUUGCAUUAUCGAGGAGGAGGAUUUUUGGAGAAACAUCUCAUUGGCUGCCAGAAUUGUUUUCUUUUUUUGGGGGGAUCCAGCACACAGUUGCUCUGAUGUUUUGCAUUUAGUCACAAUGGAUUCUCAAACUAAGCCCGUUCUCCAUGGAUAUUUCAGAAGUUCAUGUUCUUGGAGAGUUAGAAUUGCUUUUGCUCUAAAAGGCAUCGAAUACGACCAAGUUCCCGUCAAUCUGAUCAAGGAUGGAGGCCAACAGCUAACUGGACAAUACAAGGAAAUAAACCCAAUGCAACAAGUGCCAGCGGUUAUAAUUGAUGGCAUUACCCUAUCGCAAUCGCUGGCCAUUAUCCAGUAUAUUGAAGAGACCAGGCCAGGCCGUCGCCUGCUCCCCACCGACCCCAAAAAACGCGCACAAGUGCGAAUGAUUUCCGACGUCAUUGCGUCUGGGAUCCAACCUGUGCAAAAUCUCUAUGUGCUGCAGAAGAUCGGAGCAGAAAAAGUGCCGUGGGCCCAGCAUUUCAUCAUCCGUGGUUUUGAAGCUCUGGAGCCUCUCCUGAAACAAACCGCUGGAAAGUACUGCGUGGGAGAUGAGAUCUCAAUGGCAGAUAUUUGUCUGGUGCCCCAGGUCUACAAUGCGGAGAGGUUCAAAGUUGAUGUCAGUCAGUUCCCCACUAUAAAGAGGUUGAAUCAGACCUUAAUGGAGAUCGAAGCAUUCAAAGGGAGUCAUCCUUCCUGCCAACCAGAUACACCCUUUGAUCUGAGAUCAUAGGAUCACCCAAGAGGCAUGUGACCAAAGGCAGGAUGCUUGAACAAUUAAAACUGCUUUGAUGAGAAGACGUGAGUUUCUUGUCCUGUUGUCUGUAUAAAAAAAUAAAAAAAAUAAAAAUAAAAAA